AUGGGUUUUGUAAAGCGGGCUUGUUUGAUGAAGCAUUGGCCCUGCUGUCAAAAAUGGAAGACAAUGGUUGCAUCUGAAUAUACAAUUAUUUGUGCUCUAUUUGAUAAAGAUGAGAAUGAUAAGGCGGAGAAAAUGAUUGCUAGAGGCUUACUACUUUCCAAACCUACUCUCAUUUGCUUGUAUAUACAAACAUCUAAACACAUUUAUGAUACUGACUUUGCUGGACCCUUUAAGCCAUGGGAAGGCAUUCGAAAGCAGUGGCUUAACUAUGUAGAGACUGCCACGCAUUCUCUUGAACACCCAAAACAAACUCUGGAGAUCAUGAUCAAGUGGCAGCCACCUUCUCAAGGGUGGUUUAGCAUAAACACUGAUGACAAAGUCCAGGGUCAGGAUGGUAUAGUAGGCUGUGGAGGAUUAAUCAGAGACGCCAAUGGACAUGUUUGCGGCUUUGCAAAAACAAAUAAGCUUGUGCUUGAUCUUCAUUGCGGAGCUUAUGAAGGUCUUUGUAUGGCACAAAAUAGAGGCCUUACAGCCGUGGGACUCAAAAUGGAUGCCCAAACAGUGAGUCAGAGCUUGGAAAGAACACAGGAAGGAUGUUCCUCUAGACGAGUUGUGUAG